GUUCCAUACCUGUGCUUCCACUACGCCUAUCAACAAUGACGCCACAAUGCAAUGGAGGACAAUCCAUCAAUUACACAGAUACCUGUUCAUAUUCUUGUGAUGUGGGAUAUAAUCUUAUUGGAUCUGAAUCAGUCACAUGUCAAGCUAACACAUCACUUUCCGAUUUCCUGCCGACUUGUGAAGUUGUAGUGUGUCCACUCCCUGAAGUAUUCCACCCUGAACUGUCUUCGGUGUUUGGAAACUGUAGCGAAGGAAGUUCUAUUGACUUCAAUACCACUUGUUCAUUUGAAUGUUCAAAGGGAUAUGAUUUGAUUGGCAGUGAGAUUGUCGGUUGUCUGAGUAAUGGAACCUUGUCUGAGUCACUACCUUCCUGUAACGUUGUAUCCUGUUCCAUACCUGUGCUUCCACCACGCCUAUCCACAAUGAUGUCACAAUGUAGUGGGGGACAAUCCAUUAAUUACACAGAUAUCUGUUUAUAUUCAUGUGAUGUGGGAUAUAAUCUUAUUGGAUCAGAUUCGGUCAUAUGUCUAGCUAAUACAUCACUUUCUGAUUUCCUGCCAACUUGUGAAGUGGUCACGUGCCAAUUGCCUACAAUGUUUCCAUCCUUCCUGCAAACCACAUCCACUGUUAAUAAUUGUACGGAAGGAGAGCAGAUCCUCUACAAUACUUCUUGUACGUACGAUUGUGAGGUCGGAUAUAACUUAACAGGGAACAGCACAGUCUCGUGUCAGGAGAACGGCGAUCUCUCCAGUGAAUUACCUAAAUGUGGAGUUUUGCAGUGCUAUGUUCCAAGUUUCUCAGAUGGGCUGAUCUCCCUUGAAAGCACAUGUUACGAGAGAAUGUACAUCAACUUUACUGAUAGCUGCUACUUCGAAUGUGAGGUUGGUUUUGAUCUGAUUGGUAAUGAUACGGUGACCUGCGGGGAAGACGCUCUCCUGUCAUCGGACUUACCAGCAUGCCAAGUUGUAAUGUGUCCACUUCCAGAAGUAUUCCACCCUGAACUGUCUUCGAAGUUUAGAAACUGUAGCGGAGGAAGUUCUAUUGAGUUCGAUACCACGUGCACCUUUGAAUGUUCAGAAGGAUAUGAUUUGAUUGGCAGUGAGAGUGUCAGAUGUCAGAGUAAUGGAACCUUAUCUAAAUCACCGCCGACAUGUAACGUUGUGACCUGUAAUGUACCAGAGCAGCUCACUCCCAAUCUUUCAACGCAAUGUAAUUUGGGAGAAAAUGUUGAAUACAAUGCAACCUGUGAAUUCUUCUGCGACAUUGGCUACGACCUUUUGGGAGAGUCUUCUCUAGCGUGCUUAGCCAACGGAACAUUCUCCAGUGAUACUCCGACGUGUCAAAUUGUAACCUGUCCUCUAGAUGUCCCUCCUGCUGAACUGUCUCUCGGAAACUGUAGUGAGGAGAAUUUCAUUGACUUUGGUACCACUUGCACAUUGGAGUGUUCCAAGGGGUAUACAUUGAAUGGAAUGGAAACAGUCACGUGUCAGAGCAACGGUACUUUGUCAGCGCCGUUCCCAUCAUGCAACAUUGUAUCUUGUUCGAUACCUGCACUACCGUUACGCCUGUCAUCUAUGACGUCACAAUGCAAUGGGGGACAAUCCAUUAAUUACACACAAACCUGUUCAUUUUCAUGUGAUACGGGAUAUAAUCUGGUUGGAUCUUCAUCAUUAACAUGUCUGGCUAACUCGUCUCUUUCUGACAGCUUACCAACUUGUGAAAUUGAAACGUGUGGCGUACCACAGCUGCUAUCACCUCUUUCAACCUCAUGUCCAAUGGGUCAACAAGUUGCAUACAAUACAUCCUGUGAAUUUUCAUGUGAAAAUGGCUAUACUCUACAAGGAAUGCCAUCUUUGACUUGUCUGGCCAGCGGAAACUUUUCUGAUGAGAUACCGACUUGCCAAAUUGCGACCUGUCCACUUCCUGGGGUAUUCCCCCAAGAACUAUCUUCUGUAGACUGUGACGCUGGAAGUUCCAUUGACUUUAAUUCAAUGUGUACAUUCGAGUGUUCUGAAGGAUACGAUUUAGUUGGUAGUAGUACUAUUACUUGCCAGAAUAAUGGACAAGUAUCACCAUCUAUUCCUACCUGUUCGGGUAAGCUUAAUCCCUAUGUUUGA